AUGGACAAGGUCGAGCACGCUCUCGCCUUUGGCUGGGCGCACCCGAUCCUCUCAGCAGCGACGCUCUUGCUGGGCUGUGUGGUCGGCUACACAGUCUACUUGCUCGGCUGCUCAAUUAUCCUCCCUCGCCUCUCUCCCUUGCACGACCUGCCAGGCCCUCCACCCGAAUCGCUCUUGUACGGCAACGUCAAGCGCAUCCUGCAGGACCCGCCAGGCGUUCCUCACAUCGAAUGGAACGACAAGUACGGCGGCGUCGUCCAGUACCGCGGAUUCUUCGGCGAGACGAGGUUGCUCCUCUUCGACCCUACCGCCCUGAACCAUGUCCUCCUCUCGAAUGCGUACGACUACCCGAAACCCGAAGAGGUCCGCGGCGACCUCGCCUUGAUCCUCGGGAAGGGCGUCCUCUUCGCCGAAGGAGAAGACCACCGCCGCCAGCGCCGAAUCAUGAACCCCUCUUUCGGCCCUGCACACCUCCGCGAACUCGUCCCAUCGUUCUUCGAGCACGCCAAUGAGCUUCGAGACGUCUGGAAGGACCUGAUUGCACAGGGACACAGCGACGAAAAGGUUUGGAAGGAUGAGGAGAAGGCGCAGGAGUAUGCGAAGACGAAGCCGGAGGGCGAGGCGCUGGUCAACGUGAUUGCGUGGCUCAACAGGCUCACUCUCGACAUCAUCGGCGACGCCGGCUUCGGAUACCGCUUCGACGCCGUCGCGCAGCACAACAACGCCCUCGGCGCCGCCUUCUCCUCCAUGUUCUCCCCGCGCGCCGCCGCUCGCAAGCCCACUCCGUAUCGCAUCAUGCUCCAGCGCACGAUCGGCUUCUUCGUCCGCAAACUUCCCAUCCUCAAGAUCGCCGACUGGGUCCCGAACGAGCGGUUCAAGCAGGUUCGCGAGGGGUUCAGGACGGUGCAGAGCGAGAGUGACAAGAUCAUUCAGCUCAAGAUGAACGAUGCGGUUGAGAAGGACGGGGUGGAGAGCGUCAGGGCUGGAAAGGAUCUGAUUGCGCUUCUCCUCAAGUCGACGCAGGGCGAGGGCAAGGCAAAGAUGACACAGGCAGAGUUGCGCGGACAGCUCACGACCUUCCUCCUUGCCGGCCACGAGACGACCUCGACUGCGCUCACAUGGACGCUCUUGACGCUGUCUCGCCAGCCGGAGGCGCAGGAGAAGCUCAGGCAGGAGAUUCGUGCCGCGCGACGCAAGGCGAGGAGCGAGGGCAGGGAGGAGCUUGAGAGCAGGGAGCUUGAUGCGCUGCCGUACCUCGACGGUGUUGCCCGCGAGAUUCUCCGCCUCGAAGCGCCCGUCUCAGCCACCGUCCGCCACGCCGGCAAAGACGACUUCAUCCCCCUCGGCACGCCUGUCCGCUCUCGCUACGACCCCGACCGCCUCAUCUCGUCCAUCCCGAUCAAGAAAGGCCAGACCGUCUUCAUCCCCAUCCUCGCCGUCAACCGCUCGAAGAAGAUUUUUGGAGACGACGCGCAUGAGUUCAAGCCUGAGAGGUGGAUGCAGAGCGAGAACGGAGAGGGCAAGAAGAUUGAGGGUGGAGUGGGCGUCUACUCGCAGAACUUGACGUUCCUCGCCGGUCCGAGGUCGUGCAUCGGCUAUAAGUUCGCCGUCCUCGAGCUCAAGGCCAUCCUCUCUGUCCUGAUCGACAACUUCGAGUUCUCGCUGCGCGACCCCAACUUCGAGGUCGAGCACCGCUCCAUCAUAGUCACUCGCCCGCUCGUCGUCGGCGAAGAGACGGAUGGCAACAAGAUGCCGCUGCGAGUCAGGCUCGCCGAGCGGGACGAGGAGUAG